AUGCAUUCAGCUUCAAAUAGUUGUUAAGAAAUAAAAUAAUAUGAUAUACUUUAAGUAAAAAAAUAUUUUGAUAAUGAAAUCGAAACUACUAAAGAUCGAACUAUAAUUCAAGACUAUGAAGUUUUAUAUACAAACAUCACUGAAAUUAUUGGAGAUCCUUUGGAUUAUAAAGACUAUAAAGACAGUGAAGGAAUAACUUGUAUAAUAGAAAAUGCAUAUAUAAAACAGUAAACUAAUAUUUAAAAACCAUAGUAAAAUACCAUAAUAGCAAAUAAGCUAACAUAAAUAGCCUAAGUACAAUAAGAAUUAAAAGCUGAACAUAUAAGACUAAAAAGAUUUUUAAUAAAAGAUAUUUAAAAGUUAAAAUAAAAAGACUAAGUUGAUAUAAUUGCCAUAGUAAAAUAGAAUUCAGAAAUAAAGCAAAUAGUAUCAAAGGCAGGAAUAAAAUAAGCAAAAAGGGAUAUUGUUUUAUUCGAUGAAUCUUAAGAACAGACAACUUUAACUUUAUUUGGGAAAUAAACAGAAUAUAACUAAUAUAAUAUGGGAGAUGUUGUUUUAAUAAAAAACGGGUAUAUUUCUGAAUAUGGAGAUUCUAGAAGUAUUUUAAUUAACUAUGGAAACGAACCAGAAUCUAAGUAUAUUGCGACUGUUUCUAUUACCGAUAGUACUGCAAAUUUAUAUACUUAAUGUUUUGAUGAUAUUGGAAAACAACUAUUUGGAUUCGAUGCUAAAGAAUUUAGAAUUGCAGAUAAUAAGAAUAAUAUAGAAUUAAAAAAAAAACUAUUGUCUUCUUGUCAAAAUAAAGAAUUUAGAUUACUAUUAUUGACAUAAGGCGAGAAAAACAUAAACGAUGGAGUUUAUCGUGAAAAAACAUUCAUUAAAAAAAUCAAAUCUAUAGAACCUACAAUAGAAGCCAAGAGAUUUUUGCAUAUGAUUGAUUUAUAUACUGAUUUACAAAAAAACAUAUGA